UUGCCUUGACAUCAAUGCUAUAUUUCAUAUCAUAGUUGUGUUUGUGUGUAUAUGCGCCAACGCUGAAAAGUUGACAUAUCUUAUUAGUUACGGGCAGAGUUGGAUUUAUCGCAUGAUUUGUUCAUCGAAGCAAAAUGAGAAAAUGCGCAAAAGGACGUGAAAUAUUCUAAUAUGCGCACACAGAUCUCAAUUAAGUAAAUGUUCCAAACGAACGCAGCAAAUGGUAAAUGAUGCAAGUUGAAUUUGUAUGACGUAUAGAAAGCAGCAGAGAAAACGGUACAAACAAAGAAACACUUAGACACGACACAUGACAAAAAUAAUGAAUAAGGAAAUGCCAUUGAGUGUGGAAUGGAUGCCACAAAACGUGUAUAUGAACAAUUCUCUGGAUCACUUGCUGCCAGGAGAUAGAAAUCAGGACUACUUGAUCAUAAAACCGGAAGCAGAAUUCUUUCAAAGCACUCUUAAUUCACAGUCUGAGCAAGACAAAGUUGUGCCUCUACAAGUGCCUCUCUCACCUAAAGAGGACAAGGAAAUCAAAGAACAAAGCAGCUGUUCAGAUGUAUUGGCACCCUGUCGAACGGAUUCUUUAGAUCAGAGACUACCCAUAACAUCGAUUGACGUUUCGAAAAAAUUAUAUAACAAAGGUCGCAUCGAUGUAAUAGAGAUGGCAGUAGACCCAGCGGUCAGUUAUAAAUAUUUUUUCGUUUAUGAAGAUCAGUUUUCCAAGUUUGUUGUACUAAAGGCUCUCCAUAGCAACACGGCCAAAGAGAUCGCGGCAAAUCUAUUAGAUGUAUUAGGAAUCAUAGGGGUACCGCGAGUGCUACAGAGCGGCAAUGGACGUAAGUUUGCUGAGCAAGUUGUAUAUGAGCUACGUUUGCUGUGGCGCGAUUUGUUCAUACUGCACGGGGACGUGUCUAAGUGCGAAGUUAGCUGCAGGGAUUUUAAAAGCUUGCUUGAAUCCUGGAUGAGAAUGAAUCCAACUAGGACCUGGAGCGAAGGGCUGAACUUCAUACAGAUCGUUCAUAACUCGACGUACCGCUGUCAAAACGGCAAAGUUCCAUAUGACAUAUUGUUCACGCAAAACGCAUAUGAGAAUUUUCAAGGUGUAGAAAAGGAUAGGGGCAGUUUAAGGACGGAAGAAGAAUUGAUUGAAUAUUUGUCGAAUAAGAAGGACGCAGAUGUGGCUACGGUGACAGAAGACACGCAGAAUACAUCGAAUAGUACUAAUCAGCGCGAAGAAAAUGAAAAUGUACGAGAUACACAGAGUGAAAACGCAUUUUUGAAAGCCAAUGAUGUAAAUAUCUUUAGUUACGCCCAUGUGAAGAAUGAAUCUCCGGCGAAUAACGCAUGCAGAACGGAUUCCACUUCUACAGAUGAAAUAGACGUGAAGAAUGAAUCAAAAAUCAACGAAGAUACUCAAUCCCUCAAAUGCAAGUACUGCCAAAAGCAAUAUAUGAAAAUAGGGCAUUUGAAAAAUCACAUGAGAACUCACAAUGUGAAACAGGUUCUCCACUGUAAGCUGUGCAAUAAAACAUUUAGCGUUCCGAGAUUAUACGCAAAGCAUGUGAAGCAAUCGCAUGGACAGGAUAAAUCAAUCGAUGACGAAAAAGAGACACCAGUCAGUAGAAAUACGAGAAACAAUACCAACGCAUUAACGGUAAUAUCUAACAAAGAAAAGUCUGUAAUCCAAACAACGCACGAAACAUUGGAUUCCGAGACGGUGAACGAAGACUGUGAUUUCUCGUUGAAUACGAAAGAAUCCUCUAGCAAGAGCAGUAAGAGCUCCAGUCACAGUAGACGGAAGCUGUCUGCGGAGAGCCGCGUGUCGAAGAUUUUACAGUGCACGUAUUGCAAGCAAAAAUUCAGCUUCCCGAGCGUGCUGGAGAGACAUAUGCGAUCGCACACGAACGAACGACCGUACGUUUGCGAGGUGUGUAACAAGAGCUUCAAGCAGCUGGGCCAUCUCAGUCAGCACUCACUGACCCAUCACGAUUAUCGCUCGUUCCAAUGCACGGUAUGCGGUAUAAAGUUUGAUUCGUUAGAUUUGCUGAAGCAACAUGCGAACUCGCAUAAAGGUGACGCGACAUCGACGACGACAUCCAAGAUACGCGACGUAUAUCGUCUGUUCGAGUGCGAUAGCUGCAAGAAAGUAUUCACGACGAAGAGCGUGUUGGAGCGGCACAUAUUCACGCACACACAGGAACGUCAGUACGACUGUAAGGUAUGUGGCAAGCGGUUCAAGCAGGCCGGUCACGUAAAGUCGCACAUGCUAGUGCACACGGGCGAGCGUCGCUUUCAGUGCACCGUGUGCUCGAAACGCUUCAGUCUAUCCAACUCAUUGAAGAAGCACAUGUACGUGCACAAUGGCGAGAAGCCAUAUCAGUGUGACGUGUGCGGUGCGCGUUUUCUCGAGAAGCGCAAUCUCAACGGCCACCUGCUGACGCACACCAACGAACGUCCGUACUGUUGUAAGAUCUGUGGUAAACGGUACACCCUGGCGGACACUCUGCGCCGUCACGUUAGCGCCGCGCACGAAGAUGGUCGUACGUAUCAGUGCGAGAUCUGUGCCAAGAUGUUCAAGCAACUGGCACAUCUAUCGGUGCACAAGAAAGUGCACAACGACGAACGACCGUUCCAAUGUCAUCUGUGCGAAAAAAACUUCAAGCAUAAGAAUGUGCUCAAAUCGCACCUGGCGAUCCACGCGAACGUACGACCGUUCGAGUGCGAUGUGUGCAAAGCAACGUUCGUCAGGAAGACAAAUCUGCAGACGCAUAUCUCAUCCGCGCACAUGAACGAGCGUCCCUAUACUUGCACUAUCUGCGGCAAACGCUUCAAGCAGAUUAGUCAUCUGAACGGCCACGUGGUCGUGCACAGCAAUCUGAUGCCCUAUAAGUGUGAUUACUGCGACCGUCGGUGUAAUCGACUCGACAAUCUAAAGAAGCAUAUGCGCCUCCAUAUGAAGAAUAAGGAGUGUGAAAGUACUUUGGCGAAUUAAUAUCUUGUCUGAGAGUCUCAAACAGAAUACUAGAAAUAAUAGAAAAAGGUAUUGACAAGUUAGCAAUCAGCACAAAGACUUUACCGUUCCAGAUUCUUUUAACUCUGGAAUGCUACUUGUGUGUUUCUUACAUUAAUAUUACUUUGGAUGAGAAUUAAGAAUUUUUUAAAUAGCUUUACAUAAAUAUUCAACAUCUUGCAACCUUUAUAAUGGAAGUAAACACUAUUUUGGUAUAAAAAUCUCAAAUGUUAUUUUAAGUUAACAAAAUUUUAAUAAAAACUGUAUUGAACUUGAAUUAAUGCUUGGGUAAAAAUUUACUUGCAGUAGCAAUCUGGAGUUAACACAGAAUUGGAUCUGUAUUUUCUGAAAUGAAUACUAUUUAUAGAUACUAAUCUUAAAAUAAAACAUUGUUGGAUGUAUAACUGUUUUAAGUUUUGCCAAAUUAUCGUAUAAAUUUCUAAUGAAAAGAUUUAAACAGUGAGUAAUUGAAUGAUAAUAACAAGGAAUAUUGCUGCAGAUAAAUACAAGAAUUCUGUACAUAAUACUUUGUUAUUAUCAUUUGUUUGUUGCUUCUAAUUUGAUUAAGAUAUUAUGAAAGAUAUUUAUAAUUUAUAUUUUAUUUCAAUUAUAUGUAAUUAUUAUUGCAAUUUUUUAUGUAUAGUAUAAGUACUUUAACUAUAAUGUUUUUUAGCAUUUUUUUUUGUGUCGCGCAAUAUGUAAGUAUAAAAUUUUUUUCUUUAGGGUUUACAGAAUGACUGUUCGAUUCAUAGUGAUAUAAGCUUUCAAAUUUUAUAUUUAUAUGUAGAUAUAAAAUGUCUGAUCAAAACAUUGGCGUACAUAUGUACUACACAUAAGUGAUCAUAAAGUAGACUUUUUUAUAUAAUGUAUGUACUUAAAGCAGGCAGACAAAUGUUUGACAAAUAAUUAUUAUGUCAUCUUUUUUUUUUUAAAUAAGUCAUGACUUACAUUAUUCUAUCAUUAGAUUAUAGAAACAUUUGUGCAAAGGAAAUACUUUAAGUCAAUUGUAUUUUGCCACGCAAUAUAUAUAAAUACUUAUUGCUCAAUAAAUUACUUUAAAAUGCCAAAAUUAAAAAA